AUGGUAUUCAAUAAAGCAUUAUCUUUUAAAUUUGAUUAUGCACCAGAAUAUACUUUAAACAAGUAUAUAUCCUCAAGAACAAAAUUACAAUUGAUACAUGUCAACUCAAAAGCUUCUCCUUUGGUGCAUGGAUACUUUGCUGUUGGAACAGAGAUAACAAAUGAUUCGGGUUGUCCUCAUACUUUAGAACAUUUAAUCUUUCUUGGUUCCAAAAAGUACCCGUUCAAGGGUUUAUUGGACACUGCUGGGAAUUUAUGCAUGUCUAAUACUAAUGCUUGGACUGCUACCGAUCAGACAGUUUAUACUCUAAGUACUGCUGGCUGGAAAGGGUUUAAAAAGCUGUUACCAGUUUAUUUGGAUCAUUUGAUUAACCCAACGUUAACUGAUGAAGCUUGUUACACUGAAGUUCAUCAUAUAGAGCCCGAUACUUUGCAAGAUAAGGGUGUGGUUUAUAGCGAAAUGGAAGCAAUUGAGUCUCAAAGCUGGUUUGUCACUAAUUUGGAAAAACAAAGGCUAAUGUUUGACGUUAAUAGUGGGUAUAGGUCUGAGACUGGUGGGUUGACCGAUAAUUUACGCAGCUUGUCAAAUGCUGCUAUUAGAAACUUUCACAAGGAGAUGUAUUCCUCAGAUAACAUGUGCUUGAUAAUUAUUGGUAAUGUUCCUGAACAGGAAUUGGUUGAUAUCGUUACGCACUUUGAUAACGAGUUACCCGAGAUUGAAAGUCAAAGGAGACGGCCAUUUGUUGACACUGCAACAGCUGCAACUUUAAUUCCGCGAUUUAAUGAAACCACCAUCAAGGAGGCUACUGUAGAAUUUCCUGAAUUGGACGAAUCUCUAGGUGAGAUUUCCUUCUCGUGGAUAACUGAAAAAUAUGAAAAUGUCGUACAGAAUUUGGCUAUUAAUGUUUUGAUGGAAUACUUAACGGAAGAAUCAUUAUCUGUUUUCUACAGAGAAAUUAUUGAAAUUGAGGAUCCAUUAUCUACUGAGGUUGAAUAUUGGACUGAUGAUUUUUAUCGCACAAUUAUUAAUUUAGAUUUCCAUGGAGUUCCAACUGAAAAGUUACAAUUAGCUAAAACUCGCAUUUUACAACUUUUGUCCGAGCAUAAAGUUAAUCUCAAGCGGAUAAAGGAUGUUUUAGAAAAUUACAAAUGGGAUUAUUUAUUGAAAUUUGAAAACAAUUCUGCCGAGACUUUGUCCAGAGUUUGUAUUACCGAUUUCCUUUAUGCUUCUAAUGUCCAUAAUGAGGCAUUAAAACAGUCUUUGGGAGACUUGAACGGAUUUGAUGAAUUAUCCAGAUGGGAUCAAGCUCAAUGGCAAAAAUUAUUUGAACAUUGGCUACUCGAAAAUAAACCAGUUAUUGUAUUAGGCAAGCCAAGCGCUGCUUUAUAUGAACGUAUGGACGAAUCCAAGAAACAAUUAUUGGAAAAAAGGAAAAGCUCUUUGGGCCCCAAUGGGAUUAUUAAAUUACGGAAGCAGUUAGAACAAGCGACUGAAGCUAACAAUAAACCAAUUCCAGAUAAUUUAUUAAAAGAGUUUUUGAUUACUGAACCGGCCAAAAGUGUGGAUUUUUUGCAUACUAAAGGUAUCUCUGUGUUGAAUUCUGACACAAACAAUGAUUUAAAUGAUGAAUUAACCACUGCGAUUUUAAAGGCAGCUCCGAAAAACCUACCCCUUUUUAUGCAUUUGGAGCACUUUCCUUCUCAAUUUGUUGAAGUUCAUUUGUUGUUAAACGCACGAAACAUUAAGAAUGCGGAAUUACUACCAUACUACUACUUGUUUGAUGAAUUAUUUAGCAUGCCGAUGAGAUUGGAAAGUGGAGAGAUACUGCCAUUUGAAAAAGUUGUUUGCUGUUUAAAAAAUGAAACAAUUGACGCUUCAAUAACUUCUGGUUUACAAGUAUCUUUUGCAGACUUUAUAAAUAUUCACAUUCGUGCUAAAGCUAGUGAGUAUGAAAACUCUAUAAAAUGGAUUAAACAUUCUUUAUUUGACAUGUUAUUUGAUCGAUCACGUUUGGAAGUUUUAUUGGACAACUUUGUAACAUCCAUUCCCGAAUGGAAAAGAGAAGGCCAUUUAAUGCUAAAUUCCUUGAUCAAUACCAAUUUAUUUGAGGGGGGAAAAACUUUGAAGAAAGCUACCGAUAUUUUGUACGCAGAGGGAAUAUUGAAGGGUAUUGCGGAGGAUAUUAAGAAUGGGAAAUUCGAAACCAAAAUAUUGCCACAAUUAAAUGAGUUUAAAGAGGACUUAGUGACAAAUAUAAAGAAUUGUCAUAUUUUAAUUUUGGGUGACAUGGAAGGGAUAGGACCCUCGAAUAUUUAUAAACCUUGGCUUAGAUAUUUUCCACCUAUUGGGGAUGAUGUCACAACCAUCAGUGAAAUACCUCCAGUGCCUGUUCUCAAAGAGUCUUUAUCUGAAUUUGGUAGUAACUUAGGUUCCAAGGCCUUCAUUAUUACCACGCCGGCCUCUGAAUCGUCAUACAUGAAAGUUUUAACUAAUUUGAGCAUUACUUAUGACCAUCCAGAUUAUCCAGCGGUUGUCUUGGCGUCUCAAUACUUGGAAUGUGUAGAAGGUCCAUUUUGGAAAGGUAUUCGUGGGUUGGGAUUGGCUUAUGGCUGUAAUAUUGUUCGUAAUAUGGACCAAAAAAACAUUGGUUAUUCGAUAUACCGAGGUGCGGAUAUAAUUAAAUGUUAUGAAGCUGGGUUUAACAUUGUGCAAGAUUAUUCCAGUGGAAAAGCCAAUUUUGAAGCACUCUUGAUUGAAGGUGCUAUAAGUUCUUUUAUUAAUGAGAUUGCUUCAUCUGAAAAUUCUUACGUUUCUACUGGAUUGCAUAAAUACGUUAAUACUAUUUGGAAGAAUAAUAGUUUGAAUUAUAAUGAAAAAAUUUUAAGCAAGUUGAAAAGUGUUAAAAUCGAUGAUUUAGUGCGUGUGAUGAAUAAAUAUUUGUUACCAAUGUUUACUGUGGAGAAUGGUUCUGUUUUUAUUAGUUGUCAUCCAAGCAAACUGGAAGAUAUUCAAGGAUAUUUUAAAAACAAGGGAUAUGAGGUUCUUGUUGAGGAGUUAUGUGAAGACUCAGACUCAGAUGAAGACUCAGACUCAGAAGAAGAUUGA